UCAAUGUGUUCUGUGAUCUCAUAACUAAUUUCACGAGGUGCUAUAGACUUUCUUUAUUGCCAUAGCAACAGUUUAUCUGCUGCUAUACUUUCAAAUCUAAAGAUUGUUAGUGUCCUUCCAUUCCGGCCUGAUAGUGCAUUACUAAAUUGUGGUCAAGGCUUAACAUUCCAUAUGGCAGCACUUUGAACAAAGAUUUGGAACCUUUGUCCUACCCUAACUUACUCCUCUAUAUAGUUAUAUCGAUAAUCCUGCUUCCAAUAUUUUAUUGCUUACAUUUUGGCAUUCUAACAAAAUGUCCAGCAUGCAAGUUGUAGAAAAUUAUUUCAAAGACAAAAAGAAUGGUCAAGAAAUACGCAUUAAAGAAAUUAGAGUAAGUGGUCCUGAAGGUGAUCUUCACCACAGAUCUGUCAGAGGUGCAAAAGGAUCACAGGAAUUUGCUAUUGACAAUAUUGCUAUAAAGUCUAAAGAUCCAUUGCUCACUCGUGCUUUUAAUAAUGGAAUUUUCAGACUAGUACUUGGAAUAGUAUUCUUAUUUUUGCUUGACUAUUUAACGAACUGGGCUCCUAGUCUAAAAAUAGUUCUUGGAGUGUGCAUAGUUGUGUGGAUGAUUGCAUUGGUUGUGACUUUUUUGGCCUGGAUAAAAGGAGAUUCUGCAACAUCUUCCAGGCCUACUGCCCAAUAUUAUCUAACCUAGCUAGUCUAGUUAUGCUAAAAGUUUUAUAUCAUCUGAAUAUUUUUGACAAUGUAGAUGACUACAAAACAUUUUGCUAGCUUUUGUUGGUUAAUAUUUCGUUGAAUAUACAGGUGUGCCCACCACCUGCAGACAA